AUGAAGUUCACCAUUACCUUUGCCCUGGCAGCUCUGCUGACCACUGCUACUGCUCAAGGUCUGGGCGAUCUGCCCGACUGCUCGAAAUCAUGUGCUACAGGUGCAAUCCCCGAGAACUGCGGCAUUGAUUUCAAGUGUAUCUGCGAGUCCAAGUCCUUCCUGAACGACAUGGCCUGCUGCGUCGCUGAUAAGUGCGCCAAGGCGGACCAGGAACUAACCAUCAAGGUCGCCAAGUCAAUCUGUGCCCGGGGUGAUGUGACCGAUCUGCCCAGCGAGGUUGUCUGCUCGAACAGCAAGUCGAGCUCCGCUUCUAGCACCAGUACCAGCGCUAGCUCCGACUCGACCGAGACUGGAACCAAGUCUAGCACUGAGACCACGACUGCGUCCAAGACUAGUCUGACGGGCACCAAUACUGCUACCACGACCUCGGACAGUGCUUCCACUACUUCGUCUGCCGCUGCCGCAGCGACUAGCAGUGGCCUCGCCGCGCUUACCCACAAAGAUUCUUCGCUCGUCGCUGCUGCUGGUGCUGCGGCUGCGUUCGCCAUUCUAAUCUAG